AUGGAGAGCAAACUAAAGAAAUUGGGAUUUCAAGGCAGCGAAAAGCUCAAAACAGCACCACUAAAGCACAGCAUUAAAAGUGUUGUCAAAUUUCUGAAAGAAAAUAUCAGUGAAGAUGAUCACAGGCCAGCCAUUUCCCUUGGCUUGGGUGACCCCUCUUGUUUCAAUUGCUUUAGGACUACUACUGUAGCUGAAGAUGCCAUAGUUGAAGCUGUCCGUUCUGCUAAAUUCAAUUCUUAUGCUCCUACUGGUGGUAUUUUUAUUGCAAGAAGGGCUAUUGCAGAAUACCUCUCCAAUGAUCUUCCUUACCAGUUAUCGCCAGAUGAUGUCUAUGUGACUGUUGGUUGCAAACAUGCCAUGGAAGUGAUGGUAAAAGUCCUAGCUAGAUCAGAAGCCAACAUCCUGCUUCCAAGUCCUGGUUAUAGAAUUUAUGAAACUUUUGCAAAUUCUCAUCACCUGGAGUUUAGGCAUUUCGAUCUUCUUCCCGAAAAAGGAUGGGAGGUUGAUCUAGAUGCUGUUGAAGCUAUUGCAGAUGAGAACACCAUUGCUAUGGUUAUUAUCAAUCCUGGAAAUCCUUGUGGAAGUGUUUACUCAUCUGAACAUUUGAAGAAGAUUGCAGAGACUGCAAGAAAGCUUGGGAUUCUCGUGAUUGCUGAUGAAGUAUAUGGCCAUAUUGUUUUUGGGAGCAAACCCUUUGUGCCCAUGAGUUUUUUUGGAUCAACUGCGCCUGUCAUUACUCUUGGAUCCAUAUCGAAAAGAUGGAUGGUUCCUGGUUGGCGACUUGGUUGGCUAGUGACAAGCGAUCCAACUGGUUUGCUUAAAAAAUGUGGGAUUGCUGAUUCCAUUACAAAUGUUCUCAAUCCUUCCCCUAUCUCUCCGACCUUCGUUCAGGCUGCUGUUCCUAAAAUCCUGGAGAAAACAACAGAGGAUUUCUUUUCGAAAACCAUUGACCUUCUGAGAUCAGCUUCAGACUUUUGUUACGAUAAACUGAAGGAGAUACCAUGCAUUACUUGCCCACAAAAGGCAGAAGGAGCCAUGUUUGUUAUGGUGAAGCUUAAAGUUUCACUUCUUGAUGAUGUUGAGGAUGACACGGAGUUCUGUCUCAAGCUAGCUAAAGAGGAAUCUCUCGUCAUUUUGCCUGGGUUAACUGUGGGACUGAAGAAUUGGCUCCGCAUAACAUUUGCAGUUGAGCACUCAUCUCUUGAAGAUGGCCUUGGAAGGUUAAAGGCCUUCUGCCAGAGACAUGCCAAGGAACCCUAG